AGAGACUUUUUUUAAUUUUUCGUUGAGAAGACGCUAGACUUGAUCAGCAAGCAUUUUGCGGAAAGUAUUGGAAGUCGGCGGUUUUUGACAUUCCGCGCCACUCUUGAGCAUAAAAACAAACACUUGGCGUGAGAAAUCAAAGUUGCAGUAUAGUCUAAGGAGCAGAGACAAACCAUGGCCAUGAUAGGGAGGAUAGCCAGAACAGCUCGUCGAUUCCCAACAACCACCACCGCCUUUUCUAAAACCCCAAACCCUACGCUUGCUCGCUUAGUGAACGUCCCAAUUUCGCAAAGUUUCCAUCACCAGUCUACUGAGGAUCAGCUUCAUUCCAUUAUACCUAGAAUUCAGGGGUCAAAGUCGGUGCCCAACAGUUCUGGACUACAUUUUGUAUAUCCAGCUGUUUUAGCUAGUUUGUUUGGAGUUGCUGGGUUUCAAAUAGCAUAUUCAGAUGCUGACAGGGCUGCUGUCAAACCUUAUUUACCAUCAGAAUCUCCUGCAAGUAAUGUGGACAUGGAGGAAACAGCCAGGAGAGAAAGACUGCGAAUUGAAGAGUUGCUCAAAAGUAAAGGAGUGCAAUAUGGAUCUUAUCCCCGCUUUAGUGUUUCUAUUAAGGGCCAGAAGGUCACCUUCAAAUUCCAAGUUCCUCCCGCAUGUGAAGUUUCACAGCUGAUUGCAAACCUUGUUUCACAUCUUGGAUUGAAAGUUGAAGACCAUGGUGGUGGUUCAGAUAUGCUAUUGCGUGCAUGGGACAGUUCAGUUGCUUGGCAACUGACACUUACUCACCCAGAAAAACAGAAGAAAGCUGAGGGGAAACAAGGGGAAGGAGAUCUAUGCAUCCUCAUAUUUCAAUCACUCAUAAGCUCUGAAAAAGCUGAAAUUGAAUUCAUAAAGCAGGGAAGCCUGAGCAUAGAAGAGCUUGAUGCUUUGGUGUCUGUUUUGCAAUUAGCGGGAAAAAAGUUGGGACAAAAUAAGACUUUGGAAAAGAAGCAAAUGCCAACUGCAGAAAAAUCAAUUGCUAGUCUUGAGUCCAUGGGAGUGAGGGUUUAUGGACUUGAUGAACCUCUUUCAUAUUCCUCAGAAAAUGAAAUAUCAUGGGAAAAUAUUGCUGGGUAUUAUCAGCAAAAACGAGAAAUAGAAGAUACUAUACUUUUGGCUCUGCAUAAUCCUGAAGUUUAUGACAAUAUUGCCCGAGGGACUCGGCAUAAGUUUGAGUCAAACAGACCUCGAGCUGUACUAUUUGAAGGUCCACCAGGUACAGGGAAGACAUCUUGUGCUCGUGUCAUAGCUAAUCAAGCGGGUGUCCCGUUGCUAUACGUGCCUCUUGAGAUUGUCAUGUCAAAGUACUAUGGUGAGAGUGAACACUUAUUAGCUAAAGUGUUUUCACUUGCUAAUGAGCUUCCCAAUGGUGCUAUCAUUUUCCUAGAUGAGGUGGAUUCUUUGGCUGUUGCCCGUGAUGCUGAAAUUCAUGAAGCUACACGUAGAAUCUUAUCAGUGUUAUUGAGACAGAUUGAUGGAUUUGAACAGGAUAAGAAAGUGGUCGUAAUAGCUGCAACAAACAGAAAGCAAGACCUUGACCCUGCUUUAAUUAGUCGAUUCGAUUCAAUGAUAACAUUUGGCUUACCGGAUCAGCAAAACCGUCGGGAAAUAGCAGCCAAGUAUGCAAAACACCUGACAAAACUUGAAUUAGAUGAACUCGCUGCAGUCACAGAAGAAAUGUCAGGUAGGGAUAUAAGAGAUGUGUGCCAACAAGCUGAAAGAUCGUGGGCAUCUAAGAUAAUUCGAGGACAAGCAUCAAAAAAUGGAGAACAAGGCUUACUUCCACCUGUGAAAGAAUACAUAGAAAGCGCAAUAAAUAGACGUAAAGGUCUUCUGAGUAUUGCAGCCCAAAACAUCCCAAACAGGGCAGCUAAAAGCCAACUACUCUAAGGCCUUUUUGCAUACGGCCCAAAACUAAAAUUUAAUUCAUUGUUAAAUGUAUAAUUCUUCUUAUAUUUUUAUUUUUCUUUAAAUUUUGUUUAUUGUUCAUAUAAAGUACCAAGUAGAAUGGACUAUUUAGGUGCAUUUGGUACUGACAUUUAGAUGGUUCUUAUUUUUACAAAUUUUCCA